UGCCACCGCACAGCUGUUCUGCACCGGCUGUAAAUAAAUGGUGGACUUUCCUCCAUCGCAUUUGUUUAUCCAAGCCUUCUCCCACAAACCGGGCUUAAUGAGAGCCACCAACUAGGGUAGCCUGGAGCCACACACCCACAGCUGCACCCGCACACACACACCCCAUACGCCGCAGUCCGCAGGAGGAGGAGGAGGCAGCGGCUAUAGAUCGCUGGAGGGGGCGUGGCGGCGCCCGGCGAGCUUCGAAGUACGUGGCAAUGAAACUGAAAGCCAAGCCGAAUUGAACGUGCAGUCUUACAAGCGGAACCUCGAGCCCGCAACUCAACCCAAUCCGGCAGCAGUCCCGAAUCUCGGCCCCGAAGCCCAAUCCCGCCCAGCAAGAUGACGGCCACGUUGCGCUACCGCGGCGACAAGAGCAAUCUCCUGGAGUUCGCCAAGAAUCUGGAUGCGUUUAAGAAGGUGCCGGAGAAGUACACGGAGACGACGGAGAUCGGGGGCACACUUUCCCUGCUGAGCCGCCUGCUGAUCGUCUACCUGGUCUACACGGAACUCCAUUACUACUGGCACGAAACGGACAUCGUCUACCAGUUCGAGCCGGACAUUGCCCUCGACGAGCAGGUACAGAUGCAUGUGGACAUCACGGUGGCCAUGCCCUGCGCCUCGCUCUCCGGCGUGGAUCUCAUGGACGAGACGCAGCAGGACGUGUUCGCCUACGGGACGCUGCAGCGCGAGGGCGUCUGGUGGGAGAUGUCCGAGCACGACCGGCUGCAGUUCGAGGCCAUCCAGAUCCAGAACCACUAUCUGCGCGAGCAGUUCCACUCGGUGGCCGAUGUGCUGUUCAAGGACAUCAUGCGCGAUCCGCAUCCGGCGCGCGAGAGUCCCUCCCAGGUGCCCGCUGCCCCGCCGCCACCGGGGGCGCUCGAUCUGCUGCAGCUGCAGCCCCAUGGCCUGCACAAUGACCAGCCGGAGAACAAGUUCGACGCCUGUCGGCUGCACGGCACUCUGGGCAUCAACAAGGUGGCCGGCGUGCUCCAUCUUGUGGGCGGAGCCCAGCCGGUGGUGGGUCUCUUCGAGGACCACUGGAUGAUCGAGCUGCGGCGCAUGCCGGCCAACUUCACGCACCGCAUCAACCGCCUCAGCUUCGGGCAGUACUCGCGGCGGAUUGUCCAGCCGCUGGAGGGCGACGAGACCAUCAUCCAGGAGGAGGCCACCACUGUGCAGUACUUCCUGAAGGUGGUGCCCACGGAGAUCCAUCAGACAUUCAGCACCAUCAACACUUUCCAAUACGCCGUCACCGAGAAUGUGCGGAAACUAGAUUCCGAGCGCAAUUCGUAUGGCUCGCCCGGCAUUUACUUCAAGUACGAUUGGUCGGCUCUCAAGAUCGUGGUGGGCAACGACCGGGAUCACCUGGUGACCUUCGCCAUCCGCCUGUGCUCGAUCAUAUCCGGCAUCAUCGUCAUCUCGGGCGCCAUCAACUCGCUGCUCGUGGGCAUUCAGCGUCGCCUGCUGCGCACCUUUGCCCCGGAGUUGUACCACCGGUUGACCAACACCAAGGCUGCUCCCUCGACUGCUGCCGCCCCUCCUGCACCUCCCACUUCCGUGUCCGGUUCCGGCCAGGCCCCGCAGCCCGUCAACAACCUACUGCACACGGCCAACCUGAUGGCCAGCGUGGACAUCUCGGCCUACCUGCCCGCGGCGCAACCCAAGCUCAAAGCCGGCCUCUAGCCUUCUGGCCAGCGAAUCUCAGUCCGCAGCUUUCCACGUCUCUUUAAACUAUUUUUUGUUUAUUCUUUCAUUAAGAUACGAAAAAAAAUAUGUAAGCACACACAAA